GAACCACGUCCUUACAGCAGCGAUGUGCGACGAUCGUAUGCACAGAGUCGGGGUUCUUUCCAGGAGACAGGUCAGUGGACGCAGCAACCCUCGGGCUAUUAAGCGCUACCAUGCAGAAUGCUGCAUCCUUGAGACGGUGCGCCGCUUGUCAUGCAAGGAUUCGCUUUAGGAUUGGUCGAACUAGCAACCCCGACGCAUGCCGAGAAUUACUCCAGUAUCGUUUCGCAGUCGCAAACUAACAAUCGGCCAUUGUCUUGCAAGAACAAUGGUUUGUUGGUCCGAAGAUUGUCUUCGAAGAGCAGAUGUUCGUAGACUUGCGGCUGUCCCGUGUUCACAAGCCACAAUUGCCUUGGUAGAUCUGGCUCCCGCACUCGUGAUGCUCAUGGUGCUGAGGUUUCACUUGCGUGCAUGUGCAUGUAUGAUACCGCUACAAUGGAAGCAAGGACCGAAAAGGACUGGCUCAAAACUGCCCAAUGGUAUGACAAGAGGAGCAUGUCACCGACUAGUAAAGCACACUAUUUCCAGUGCCUUGAACAAAGGUCACGCUCAAGUGCCACACGUGGAAGCAAGGGUGGAGACUCGAGUUGGAGCUGCUCACUUACCUUCCGUCCACGCCUUGCAAAUCAAGUCUCGUGUAAUACAAAAAGUACAUAUCGAACCCUAAGGAUUAACGCCGCGCUAGCCUGCCUUGUCAC